CUUACGUUUAUUACCAUAAGUGAUGCACAAAAACGUACCACUUCCUUAAAAAACAGGAUGUGUCUUACCGUACACAGUGCCUCUGCAAGCCCCUGUAGAUUCUGGUUAAAGUACUUCCUGUUUGAUCAAAGGAGGUGUGAAGACUUUGAUAUGCUGGCAUUCAAAACGCACAGAAAGACCAGGCAUGCAUAGGGGUAGGACGAUAAGGUAAACUCUGACAGUUUGGACCAGAAUAUGGCUGAGGUGAUUUACGCCAGGCCCAACAUGAUGACCAAGGCCAGGUACACACAAGGAGAUGGAGAGGAGAGUGGAGAUCUACGCUACCAUUGAGAGCCUCAGAGAUCAACACCAGGACUACGUGGGGACAGAGGAGUCCUCCAAUACUCUGGGAACAGUAAGAAGUCAGCAGCCGGACCCUGUGAGCCCUCCUCGGUGGCCGAUCAGGGCUGUGGUGGUGCUUCUGGUCCUGCUGUCUGUUGCCCUGCUGGCUGGACUGCUUUGGUUUGCAGUGCAACACAAGACGAAGACUGUAAGCAUGGACAGAGACGUGGAGCAACUUCUCCAAAGGCUUAAGAAUGUGACUGAGCAGAGAGACGCACUGCUUUGCCCACAGGACUGUCCAGUUGGUUGGGAUAAGUUUGGUUGUAAAUGUUACCAGCUUUCCAAUGAGCGGAGACCCUGGAAUAAGAGCAGGAAGUUCUGUGUUUCCCACAGAGCAGAUCUGGUGGUCGUGGACAGUAAAGAGGAGAUGGACUUCAUUAGCAGGUACAGCGAGUACUUCUGGCUCGGAGCGACAGAUGAGGCCAGUGAAGGGAUGUGGAGAUGGGUUGAUGGGACCGUCCUGUCAGCGGAUAACCCCUCCUGGACUGGAGGGAAACCUGAUGGUGACAUGGAUAAGAACUGCUUAAGGGUUAGAGAGAAGCCCAAAUUUAAAUGGUCAGAUGAGAGCUGUAAAGCCAGAAACUAUGGGCUUUGUGAAAAUCAUUUAAUUAAUUGAUGUAUGGAACAUUUCUUUGUCUAACUGAUUCUUUUCUUUGAAUAUUUCUUAAAUCUUUGAUCGAUGUUUUGUUUCAUACUUGUUAAGUUCUGCCAUACGAAAAGAGCUUUGAUUGGCUGCAAGCCGGUGUUAUCUCCUUAAAAGGAGAUGACAUGAAGACUUCACUGGUCACUGCAGGAGCUGUACAUAGAUGCUGCUCUUGUUACAUUAUUUUUUUUAAAUGUUUCCACAGUGGAUCUUGGUGUUGGAGGCUGAGGUUAGGCGGUAAAGAGUCAUGACAGCCAUUGGCUGGUUUUCAGUUGCUGCAAAUCACACUAGUUCUCUAUCUAGGGCUGCAUUUACUGCCUUUAUCUUUGUCCCCUCAGCUAAUUAUUUGAUUAUUUUUCUGUUUAAAUGUAUCUUCACUUUGGUACCAUGUAGUGUGAUCACAUCACAACAAAACACUGUUAUUUGUUGGUUCUACGGUGUUCAGAGAGAACAGUAGACUUGUGUCCUGAUGUCUGAAUCGGCUUGUAGGUCUGCACAUAGUUUUUCGUUGCUAAAUGAUCACUUUUGAAGGUACAAAUGCAUACAUGCAUUCACAAACAUACAGUAAUUUGUAAAUUGUAUUGAAUCAGUAAAUGUAGUGUCCAUUCAACCGUGUUUGCUGUCGUGAAUUUGACCUUUUAUUAAAGAAACUCUUGAUUAAUGUUUUGCUGAUAUUUUAUUAAUUGGAUUUAGUUUGGAAUUGGUCCCUUUGAACAGACAUUGUUCAAAGGGACAAUGAUAUUGAUUUUUAAUUUACUUUUGGGACUCAAUAAAAAAUAGUUAGUCUUUUAAUCCGAUAUUACAUAUUACAAUGUUUCCACAGUUGCUCUCGGUGUUGGAGGCUGAGGUUAGGCGGUAAAGAGUCAUGACAGUCAUUGGCUGGUUUUCAGAUGCUGCAAACCACACUAGUUCUCUAUCUAGGGCUGCACUUGCCUUUGUCCCCUCGGCUAAUUAUUGAAUCAUUUUCUGUUUAAAUGCAUCUUGACUUUGUCACAAUGUCGUGUGAUCACAACAAAACACUUUUGUAUUAAUAAUCUAGUGGUUCUACGUCUACGGUGUUCAGAGAAAACAGUAGACUUGUCUGAAUCGGCUUGUAUGUCUGCACUUAGUUUUGCGUUACUGAUUGAAACUUUUUAAGGUACAUAUGCAUAUAUGUAUUCGCACACAUAUAUUCAUUUGUAAAUUGCAUUGAAUCUGUAAAUGCAGUGUCCAUUCUGUUGUGCUCGCUGUA